AACGACGUGUUUAUUUCCACUGUGUAGUACACUUCAAUUCUCUAACUGUGUAAGUAAAGAGCAGAGUUAUGAAAAUGUCGAAUUCUUGUAAUUUUCGGGUGUAAUUAUUACCCUCCUGUAGAUUAUGCGAGCAAUGGAAGCCAAGCUUGGCUCAGCCGGAGGAGGCUGGCGUGCUAUUGUGUGCUGUGGACGUGGCUGAGACAGACGACGAUGUCUUCUGGGAUGUUCCACGUAGACUUCUUGGACCGAAGAGCACUUUCCACUCGGGAGCGCGCGCCUGACGCAGUGCAGAGGCCGAGGCGCGUUCACGGACCAGCAGCAAGAGAAGGCAGAGUCGCUUCCUGGACGUGAACGCAACACUGCACCUCUACCUUCACAUGUCCUCAUUUCCACCUGCAUCCCAGGUGGCGACUUGUCCAGGGUGUACCCCGCCUUCCGCCCGAUUGUAGCUGAGAUAGGCUCCAGCGCCCCCCGCGACCCCAAAGGGAAUAAGCGGUAGAAAAUGGAUGGAUGGAUGUCUAUCGCCUUUUCUCAUGCUGUGUGUGCCGUCUGAUUGAGGACUGUGGCCAUAACAUUAGGUGUCACCAUGACGACACAUCUAAGCAGGCGGGCUCCCUGUGUUCUGGUUCUGGUUUUGGUUCUCCAAGUCCACUGGUCCCACACUGCACCUGGGCUAACGAGCUCACAAAGAGAGGAUCCAGAUGAUGUUCUUCCUGUUGUGUUGACCAAUCCUUUUGGAUCAGGAGAAGAAGAGCGAAGGUUGCUGCAGCGUUACAUUGAAUUGAGUAGAAAAGAUGGCGAAGAGAUCCACACGUGGGAACAAGAGGUGUUCUAUAUGUUUCGUCUCUACGACUACGACCGCAGUGGACUCCUGGACGGCUUGGAGAUGAUGAAGCUGCUGUCUGACUACAACUCCCAGCAUGCACCUGAGUCACAGAGCAAUGACAUGGUGGUGACCAUGGUGGAUUUGCUACUUCAGACUCAAGAUCUAAACCAAGAUGGUCUGUUGGCUCCCUCAGAGCUGCUCUCUCCUCCGCUGCCUCAAAUACAGGAUCAGAAGGUUGCUUUAGACGAGAAGCCGUCCGACGUUGGCCAAGAGAUGAUGGAAGACUUGCAAGAUCCUGGUGAACGUGUUCAGCCUCAAGAGGAGGUGCGACACGACGCUAGAGUAGAAGAGGAUGAAUCCAUACGACACAGAGAUCAACACAAUGGACAACAAGCCCCAGAAGCCUUUGCAGCAGAACAUGGAGGACAUGAACAGGAAGUCCGUGCACAUCAGGACCAACAGGAAAUGUGAACACAAACAAACAAACCAAACAAAGACUAAAGACAUGUUUUAUCCAAUAAAAGAAGAUGGAUCUAGUGGAACAUGGAUCGUUCAUUGGAAUAUAGUCAAAAGGGAACAGAGGGUUGAGUGAAACAAAUUUAAGACUCAAGCCCUAAUUAAUUUUGAUGAUUAUUUAUAAACUUUAUUUUGGAUUAUUUCAAGCUGUGGUAUGGAACUUUGUAUGUAUUUUCUUCCACUUUCAUUUGAAAAGAUUUUCAAGAUGCAAUGUGCACUUUUUUUAGGAGUUGUUUUGAACACACAAAAACAAACGUUCAAUUUAAAUUAACUGCUGUCUUAUUAUAUAAAACAAAACAAUUUUACAUAAUUAACUUGAUGGAAUAUAAGUUGAACAGUUAUGAUUUUAAAAAUCAUAUUCAAUUAGAUGUGAUACAACAGUAAUUGUUUUAUAUUUCUCUGUAUUGUGGAUUGUGUUACAAAUGUCCUCUUUGCCUCUUUUUAAACCCUUUUCACAAAGAGAAAAUAAAACCUUUCUUUUUUCCUUCUGUCUUUUUCCCCAUGUCCACAAAACAUGAUGAGCUUGCCUUAUAUUUAAUAUUAUUGACAUGGUUCUAUUGAAGUUCAUGUGGUCGGCAACCUUCAGCCUCCAAAGAACCAUUUGAGCCCAUUUCCAACCAAAUAAAACCUACCGA